UGUGGCACCAGGAUGUUAAGCCGGCUUUUCAACAUGGAGGCGUCCACGGAGUGAUUUCUGAAGGAGACUAAUUUCUUCGUACGUUCGUCAGCAUGAAUGCUUUGUUUCCUGAAGGUCAGUGUGUGAUGGCUCUACCAUGAAGUGUGCCCGCUGCCUGCUCCAGCUGCAGUGUCUCACACUGGUGGGCCAGUCAGCCAGACCUGCUGCUCAGUAUGGCACUCUGCUCCAGUCAGCGUCCUCCAGUCAGCUCAACGUUCUACAUAAGACCCAGCACCAGGUGUUGAGACGUUUCCAUGGCAGCCCAGCAUGUGCCAAGAGUCGACCUGUACGGGCUGAGGUCAUCAACGAGGACAACAAGAAGGGCGACGGGUCUCUGGUCACCUACGAUAACCUGUUUGAGCAGGUGACCAAGGAGGCCCAAACCAAGGCCACGUUUAUCAAAGUGGUGAAUGUCUUCCUCAAGAGAGACGUGAGGCGGCGGGGUCACGUGGAGUUCAUCUACGCCGCUCUAAAGAAGAUGCCGGAGUUCGGCGUGGAGAGGGACCUGGAAGUCUACAACAAGCUGCUGGACAUUUUCCCCAAAGAGGUGUUCGUACCCGUAAACUUUGUCCAGCGGAUGUUCAACCACUAUCCUCGGCAGCAGGAGUGUGGAGUGCAGAUACUGGAGCAGAUGGAGAACUAUGGUAUCAUGCCCAACAUUGAGACCAAAGUCCUGCUGGUCCAGAUAUUUGGACUGAAGGGCCACCCCAUGAGGAAGUACCAACGCAUCAUGUACUGGUUCCCCAAAUUCAAACACAUAAACCCCUUCCCCAUCCCCCAGCAGUUGCCUGAAGACCCAGUGGACCUGGCUCGCCUUAGCCUGACUCGAAUCGCUAAUGACCGGGAUGCUAAAGUCAUCGUGUAUCAGCUGCCCUGUACAGACAUCACAGAGAGUGGGGAGGAGGUCACACUUCCACAUGUAAUAGGUAUCCAGAGCCCCAGCCAGAUGGAGCUACUGGCCAAGCAUAACCCGAGCAAGCCAGUGUUUGUGGAGGGCCCCUUCCCUCUGUGGCUGAGGAAGACGUGUGUGUACUACUACAUCCUCAGAGCUGACCCCACGCCGCCUGAGGAGAAGAUAGAGGAGCCAUAUGAUCCAGAAAGGUGUUUCUUCUAUCCUCUGCAGCUAGACCUGGAUUUGGACCGUGACAUGGGGGAGGAAGAGAGCUUCGAUGUGGAAGACUUGGAUGAGGGUCCAGUCUUUGCCAUGUGUAUGACCAGCAGGGGAGACGAGGCCACCCUCAACCAGUGGAUCUCUGGCCUCCAGCAGAACAACCCCAUCCUGGGUCAGGUCCCCACUCUGUUCCGCCUGGACGCCGGGCCCAAGGAGCUGCAGGGGGCAGCUGACUCAGAGUCAGGCCACGACCACCACCAAAGGCCAGACCCAGAGACCCAGAGGGAAGAGAGACAGACUGAAAAAGAAAUUGUAGAAGAAGAACUGCAGAGGAGAAGCCGGGGGAUGAAACAGUGAACAGCAGUCAGACCGUGUGGUUGAGACUGACAAAAGUAUCAUGACUUAGUGUAUGGCUGAUGUUAGAAGUGUCCAUGCUGGGUAAGAUGCUGAACUAGUGCUUCAUUUAACUACAGAACACACAAGCUUAGUAGAACUUGAAGAUGACUCUGAUUAAUGUUGAUCAGUAAUCAAAUAAACUACAUUAAAAACG